AUGUCAUUAAAUCAGGCAUGGCAACACCUGCUGAAGGCAAAAUUACUUGCACCAGUAGCUCCGCCAAACAUCAAUACAUCUUCUCCUCGCUAUGAUCCUAACGCAAGGUGUGCGUACCAUUCUGACUGUGUGGGGCAUGACACCAACAACUGUUGGACACUGAAACACAAAAUCCAGGAUAUGAUUGACGCAGGAGAAAUUGAGUUCGAUCCUUCAGAAACUCCCAAUGUUAUCACUGCUCCUAUGCCAAAACAUGACAGAGCAGUCAAUGCUGUUGACCAGGACUCUUAUGUUACUAAUGUGAUGAGCCUGACUACUCCUCUCCCUGUUAUCAAGAAGAAGCUGUUGCAAGCCGGCUUAUUUCCGGGUUGUGUUGAAGACUGUUACUACUGCUCGUCUCAGUCAAAUGGUUGUGCAAUGUUGAAGACUGGCAUGCAACGCUUGGUGGAUAAUCGAACGAUCUUGUUUGAAAAAAUGCCUUCUGUGGAAAAUUUGUAUGAAGAUCUAGCUCAGAAUUUGAAAUUCGAAGACGUGUCCGUGAUCUCUAAGACUCCUGUGAGAAUUCCUACCAAGGGCCCCAUAAGGAUUACCGCUGAGCCCAAGGUAGCUCUCUUGAUCAUUACCAAGCCUGGUCCAAUCCCAUACUCCUCUGACAAGGCUGUCCCCUGGAGUUAUGGCAAUGAUGUGUACAUCCAUGGUGUGAAACAAGAAGCUUUGAAUGAUGAGCCUGUAAAAAUCCCCAAUCCCGACAUUGACAAUAUCGUGGGGACUAGUAAGGUUACAAGAAGCGGAAGGAUUUUCUCCGCAGAAAUCUCUCCAGAUGCCAAUACCUCAACCCAAGUUCCUGUUUCUGAUUCAACUGUUGAUGUGCAAGGAAAGGGACCAUUGCUGGAACCAGUUCAGACACCAGUUGAAGCUACUACUGAAGAAGUCUCCCAGAAAGAAAUGGAUAAAAUUCUGAAGAUCAUCCGGAAAAGUGAUUAUGACGUGAUUGAACAGUUGGGGCACACUUCCUCCAAGAUAUCCAUGCUUUCAUUAUUAACUUGUUUUGAGGCUCAUGCUAAGGCUCUGAUGAAGUUUCUAAAAGAUGCGCACGUGCCACAAGAGAUUUCUGUUAAUCAAUUCGAGAACUGUGUUGCGAGCUUGACAACCAACAACUAUCUGGGGUUUUCUGAUGCUGAUUUGACUCCCGCUGGAAAAAGUCAUAACAAGGCCUUGCACAUCUCCAUUGAGUGUAAGGGCACUACUCUGUCUCAUGUGCUGGUGGAUAACGAUUCCUCGUUGAAUGUGUUGCCUAAAUUGGUGCUGGAUAGACUUGAUUCUGAAGGGAUGAUACUGAAACCCAGUGAUGUGGUGGUAAAGGCUUUCGAUGGGUCGAAGAGUGCGGUAUACGGAGAGGUUGAGCUCCCUAUCAGAGUAGGUUCUUAG